AUGCGAGAGGCCGCAGAACGGCGGCAACAGUUGGAAUUAGAGCAUGAGCAAGCCCUGGCCGUUCUCAACGCGAAGCAGCGGGAAAUUGAACUCCUGCAGAAGGCUCAGGUUGAAGCUAAGAAAGAGCAUGAAGGAGCAGUCCAGCUGCUAGAGAAAGGCCAAGGGGUACCUGUCCUCCCUAUCUCCCAUCUCCAGGCCCUUUGUGCAGCUGCUGCUUCCCAGAGGGGCCCUUGCCUUCAGCCCCAGGGAACACUGAAGCCAUUAAUGAAAACAGAACUACUAGAUGGGCAGAGAGAACUGGUCCUUUCCAGCUUUGUGGAUUUUGUCCAAGAUAAUGAAUCCCAUUUGUCUAACACACUGGGGAAUGAAUGGGAUCCAUCCCUGCCUCUGCGGAUUCCUGGGGGCUUAAACCCAAAGGACCACAUGUCUAAUGAAAGUAUUUCUGGUGAUAGACAGAGAUAUUGUUGGCUAGGCAAUACCGGUCCUCCAGCUCCACCUCAAGAUGUCACCAUUCAAGCCGGGACCACUCCAGCAACCAUUCAGGUCUCCUGGAAACCACCAACUCUCACACCCACUGGGAUGUCCAAUGGAGCAAAUGUGUCUGGCUAUGGUGUUUAUGCAAAAGGGCAGAGGGUGGCUGAAGUCAUCUUCCCGACAGCCGAUGGCACAACAGUUGAGCUGAUGCGCAUCCGGAACCUGGAAGCCAAGGAGGUGACCGUGAGAACCCUUUCCACCCAAGGUGAAUCCAUGGAUUCUUUAAUAGCUGCCAUUCCACCUGACCUACUGGUGCCUCCAACCCCACACCCUCGAACUACUCCCAAACCUAAGCCAUUAGCAAGUGCCGGAGCCCCAGAUACCAAAGACGAACAGUUGGGUCCCCACAUCAAAAUGGAUGAGUCUUGGGAGCAGACACGCUCAGCUGCCCCCACGCACGGACACAUGCUGGAACCUCCGACAUCCAACUUUCCUGGCUCAGCUCCUGGGAGGCGGUCACCCUCACCCAAUCGGAUUCUCCCACAGCCUCAGGGCACCCCGGUCCCCAACACUGUGGCCAAAGCCAUGGCACGGGAAGCUGCCCAGCGGAUGGCGGAGAGCAGUCGAUUGGAGAAAAGGAGCCUGUUCGAAGACAGGAGCAGGGCUGGCCAUUAUGCAAACUCAGACGAGGAGGAAGAGGAUGGCUAUGACUCACCAGACAUCAAAAGGAGAGGAGCUUCCGUGGAUGAUUUUCUGAAAGGUUCUGAGCUUGGCAAGCAGUCACACUAUGGUCAUGGAGAGGAGUACCACACAGAGAGCAGCCGGGGCUCUGACCUGUCUGACAUUAUGGAAGAGGAUGAGGAGGAACUUUAUUCUGAAAUGCAGCUGGAGGAUGGGGGCAGGAGGCGGUCCAGUGGAACCCCCCACAACACUCUGAAGGAGUGCUGUGACAAUAGGACCACCACCACCGAUGCAACUUUUUGGGAACAGCCCGAAUUUCCCCAACAGACCCACCACAGUAAAAAACUUUUCAGUAUCCCAGAAGUAGCCGAAGAGGACGGAGACUAUUCUGAGCUGCUGCACAAGCAAGGUUUAGGGUUGUCCUAUAAGAUGAAAGCCCCAGGGCCCAGAGGACCUAGGUACCCCAGGUGCUGCAUUGAAGACAAAGCCCAACAUGCCACCUGGUUCCCCACCAAGCACAGGCUGUCUGGGUUUGCCCACCACUCAGAGGACUCUGCCCCUGAAGAUAAAGGUUGCAGAUUUAGCCGGUCCCUCACCCGGAGCCCAGACAGCGGGCUUGACUGCGGGAGUGAGGAAGAGGAGUCUCGGUUUAGCUUCCGAAACGUUCACGGUCAUAUGCCCCCUCAUGCCGGCCCCCCCUGUUGCCAAGGCCGGAGCCCCUGUUCAUGCUGGAGAAGUCCAAGGCCCCUUCUAGCCCGUAGGAAAACCCUGACCCGGCAGACCAGCAUUGAGGAAGACUUUGGAGAGCAGUUUGCCCCCAGUGAGGUCAUCAGGAGCAGUGAGAGCCCACCUGGCCCCGAGAGAACUAGCCCCAGGAAGAGUCACUUCAGUGAUCCCAUGAAGUCAGAAGACCCUUGCUGUGGCUGGAAGGUCAAGAUGAGUGACAGCAGGGCAGCUGUCCCACUUACAAAAUCAACUCCCAGAGAUGGAGAAGGUUCUUUGCUUUUAGGAAAUCCAGCGUCUGCCGGACGGACUGAUAGGGUGGAUCACACGGGUCGAAGGUUAUCACAUGGCAGUGCUGGACCUCAGAGGCCCCGGCCAAUGAUGGUCCCUUCCAUUGAUGGGUAUUGCAGCCGAGAUCGCCUGUCUCCAGACCUGUAUGAGGAAUCUGAAACAGACCCUGGCACCGAGGACCUUUCAGUCCGAAUAUUUGUGGCUCUCUUUGACUAUGAUCCACAUACAAUGUCUCCCAAUCCUGAUGGAGCAGAAGAAGAGUUACCAUUUAAGGAAGGACAAAUCAUUAAGGUUUACGGAGACAAAGAUGCUGAUGGCUUCUACCGUGGAGAAACCUGUGCCCGACUUGGCCUUAUUCCUUGUAACAUGGUCUCAGAAAUCCAAGCAGAUGAUGAAGAGAUGAUGGACCAGCUCCUCAAACAAGGCUUUCUCCCUCUGAAUACCCCUGUGGAAAAAAUAGAAAGGAACAGACGGAGCGGCAGGCAGCAUCCUGUGUCUACAAGAAGAAUGGUGGCUCUCUAUGACUAUGAUCCAAGAGAAAGCUCUCCUAAUGUUGAUGUAGAGGCAGAACUGACAUUUUGUACAGGAGACAUUAUUACUGUGUUUGGUGAGAUUGAUGAAGAUGGAUUUUACUAUGGAGAGCUCAAUGGACAAAAGGGCCUGGUUCCUUCAAACUUUCUGGAAGAAGUGCCUGAUGACGUUGAAGUCUACCUUUCGGAUACACCAUCUCGUUAUUCUCAAGAGGCCCCAAUGCGUACCAAGGCUAAAAGGGUUCCUCCUGAGAAUACAGGUACGUCAAGGAGAGCACCAUCCCCCACAGUCCAUCUUCAUUCUGGGUCACCUCCGUCAACUAUGGGUUCUGGUAGUCCUGGGAGAGGCAGGGAAAGGGCCUCGAAAAAGAAAAAGGGUCUGCUUUCCAAAGGGAAGAAACUUCUGAGAAAACUGGGCGCAGUGAAGUGACCCAUGUACUUCUGGACGACUUGUAACGCCUGGCCUAUGUAAUUUCCUUUCAUCCCAAACUAGGGCUUUC